CCGCCGCCGCCUGUGACGUCACCGGCGCGCGCUCACGCUCACGUCUCCCCGCGCGCACGCGCCCGGCGCAGACGCGGGGGAACGGCUCGUGCCCCUCAGUCCAACAUGGCCGACUUCGAUACCAUUUACGAGCUGGACGAGGAGGACGAGCGUGUGGUGAUGGACGAGCAUUUGAUCCGAUACACGCCGGACCCCGUGGUGGUGCGAGGGGCAGGCCACAUAACAGUGUUUGGCCUCAGCAACAAAUUUGACCCAGAAUUUCCUUCAGUGCUUACAGGGAAGGUGGCUCCAGAAGAGUAUAAAACGAGCAUUGGUCGGGUAAAUGGAUGCUUAAAGAAAAAUCUUCCCAUCAAUGUGAAGUGGCUUCUUUGUGGUUGUUUAUGUUGCUGUUGCACCUUGGGCUGCAGUCUGUGGCCUGUCAUCUGUCUUAACAAAAGAACUAGAAGAUCAAUACAAAAACUGUUAGAGUGGGAGAACAACAGAUUGUAUCACAAGCUUGGGUUGCACUGGAAGUUAAGUAAAAGGAAAUGUGAGUCCAGUAACAUGAUGGAAUAUGUAAUACUAAUAGAAUUCUUACCAAAAUUUCCUAUAUUCCGACCAGACUAAGAAAAAAAGCCAACCAUCAAGAAAAAGCAUAUCAUUCCUGCCCUGAGUGCCUUGUAGUUACCUGAACAGAUGACUGCCAAUACACCUGUUUUAAGAGUAAUCUACUGUAGUGAGUGUAGAUACCUUUCUAAUGUAUUUUUCCUUCACAAGCAUAUUUUGCACAUGUAUUAUUUUCUUUCUUUGAAGUGUUGCACUCCCUCACCCUCUCUAUGAAGACAGAGGUGUUUCACUUUGAAAGAAUUUCAAUCUUGUACAUAAUGCUUCAGUUCAUAUUGUACAGUGUGGUAUGUUAAUGUUUACAGAAUGUUGCUCUUUUACUACACCCCCAAAUAUUGAAAUAUAGGACUUUUUUGAUUAAAUGUGACAUUGUUUGCGUAGAUCUCAAUCUGUAUUCUGUAUUCAUAAAGAGAUUAGCAAUGCAACCGGAAGAGAAAGUGCCUUGGUGUUAUUGUAGGAACAAUUAAUCCCAUUGAAGUACAUAUAUUUAAAAAAAAGCAAAUCUAAUAUAUACUACAUUUGAAAAUGACUGAGGAAGUGGAGUAGAUAAAGCAUGUUGGGAGAGUAAUUAGGUCACUUGUGCGAAAUUGAUGGGAAGCAUCAACCACUACUUGUGCCUGACUCCUGAAAUUUGGAACAAAUGGAACUAAAUUUUUGGAGGCAAAUACAGGUAGUGACUAAUAUGGUCACCACCAAAAACUAAUUUCUCCCCAAAUACUUCUGACAGCAACUGAAUUUCUCAAGUAUUCUGGUCAUUUAAGUGUAAAUUUUAAUGUGCUAAUCAGUGAAAGUAAUGUUGAAUAUUAUAUCUCAGUUUGGAUGAAGGAGUAAAUGGGUGAAAGAUUUAAGCGUAUAGCAAUCGAAGGAGGUCAUUUUCUUAUGGUUCCAGUGAUCAGGCUCUCCUCAUGAUGAAUAGUCCUUAACCACUCCCACCCAACACUCACUGGCAAAAAUCUGUUUUCUUGAUCAUUAUCUUGUUAGUCUUCCCUGAAAUUUACUAAAAUAUUCAUUACCUUUUGAGAAAGUGUUCUUGGCUUCAUUGGUAAACCUCAAGUUUGAUUCCUGUUCAGUAAUACUUGCAGGCUGAUUAAAUAUUGGAAGUUGUUAUUGUAGGGAAAGAUACAUUAUCAAUAUUUGCUUCAGCAAAAAAUAUUAAUUUCUCUUGCUCCAAAGCAUGCUCUUAUGAAGUGGGAAUAUUUGUGUCUCCAAAGACACAGGAGAGAAUGUUAGUGAGGUUAUACGUGCUGUUGAAGGUUCUAUUCAGGAAUGUUAAUUUGCCUUGCAAAUUUUAUAUUAACGCAUCACUAUACCUUCUAAUGAAGAAUUGAUCCUCUGAACUUUUAAAAAUUUAAGCUUAAAUGCCCUUCUGUUUCUUUAGGAUUUCAGUAACUUUUUGAUUGGAGAAAUGAAAUUCAUUACUAGUAACAUAUUGUUGAAAACGCGGAACGCAAGAACUCUGUGAACUCAAUCCAUAUACGUAUUGCAUUCAGUACAACAUUUUUCUGACAGUAAAGGAUGACCUUUUCGUGUUGGGAAUUAGGAAAAAAGUGGACCUUUUUGAUCCAAUGUUGUAGUACCCUAACUCUCCUGUCACAGUAUCCAGCUGCACUUUUACUGUGUUUAUUGCAUUUAGCUCCACUCUGCCUGGUAAAUUAUUCCAAGAAUUUGGUGAUUUAAAUAAAGAUGGGCCCAUACACUUUGCUUUUCUUAAAUGUUUAAAUUAUCAUUGUCUAGUCAAUUCACAGUUUUUGUGUGGUACGUUGAGGAUACCCUUUUUUUUUUAACUCCUUUUUCCCCUCUGCUUCCAUCCCUUACUCUCCCUUCCACAGUAAUGCCAUAUUUUAAUUUCUAGAACUUUUAAGAAUUUGUCAAAUGUAAGUUUUAACUAGUUGUUAAACUGAGUAAAAUUAGUUCAGAGAUCUGGUGGAAGUGCCAAAAUAACUAUGUGGUUGUACCUGUGGGAGUAGUUGCCCAAACUACUGAAAUCAAUGAGUUCUGUAUGUAAAUCAAAAAUAACAGAAUCCAGUAUAACUACAGGGGGGAAAAAAAACUAGGAUAAAAAUUUAUGGAUUACAAAUAUAACUAACUGCAAUUGACCAAGAUUAUUGCACAGUAAUUCCUAAUUAAUAGAAUGGAUUUCCAGGUGCACAAAGCAUAUUGAUUAUCAUUUAGCUUGUAUAGUAAUCAAUAUGCUGGUAUAAAGACAAUGAAACAAAUCCUGUCAUGUAUUUCCUCAUUUUAGUUUUGGGUGGAUUAGUUUAAAAACUAUAUACAUGCACCAGUCUCACUAACCUUUGCAAUAGGAAGGGAAAGACAUAACUACCAGGUAAUAAUGAGGUAAAAUUAAACACAUCAGAUUUUAAAAGCUUGUGUGCUUCACAUGUUGGAUCAUGGCCUGGAAGUUUCUUGCAUACUAGCUUUUUGUUGCCUAUUUUACCAUAGUUGUGCUUUUUGCCAGAACUUUUCACCAUAAAUGGAUAGAAAAAUAUGAGAAUGUAAUAACAAUUGAAAUAUUCAGGAGAUAGCUAUGUGAACCCUGAUAUUCCUACACAAUGUCUUUUAAAAUCUGUACAAUUUUGUUUUAAAUUGUGACCUUUUUGGAAGGAGGGGAAUGUUCAUUUUCAAACAUUUUUUAAAAUUUCAACUUUUUUUAUUUGAAUGUGCCACAAAUGGUCUAGAUUGCCGAAAGACAAAAAUUGGAAUUGCAGUUUUAUGCUGUUAAGGAUGCAAAUUCUUCAAACCUGCUUGUGUAUAAAGCAGUUUUAAAAUAAAAAAAAAUUGUUCCAACAAUCAAGAUCACAAUGCAGAUGCACGAUAGAUUCGACACUUGUAAAUUACAUCAAAAUGAAAUAUUAAAAUAUUAUUUGCCUGCAACCCUACAGGUGAAAAAUGCAGAACACAUAUUCUUAACUUUAGUUGUUUAGUAAUAUUAUUUGACAGAUUAAUUAUCAAAUGGUGCAUGUUAGUUUUUUUAAGUGAUGUCAGCAGAAGGAUAUAAACAGACAUUUCAUUUGAAUAAAGAGUUAAAUUUGCAAAGAUCCAUCAUGGCUUUAUGUAUUUAUUAUUAAACACAAGCAGGGGAAGAGAAGAAAUGAGUACCUAAACAUUAGUCAUUGCACUGUAUUCCAAGUUCUCCAUUCAAACUACAUGCUAAAGUGUUGAAUGUGCUGUAGGGCAAUGGAUAAGUAUGUGAUUAAAAAUCCAGUGUUUUGUGAAAAAAGUAUUGGCCAAAACAGUAAAAUGCUGUACUUGUGAAUUGUACAUGGCAUUAGAAAUUUUUAACAGGCCAUUAGUUUAAACAAACAUUAACAAUUUUUUUGAAUCUCUUUGAUUGAAUUCCCUUAAUUCCCUUUCUUCUCUUCUCCACCCCUUCCCCAAAAAUCCAUGUUGUCGUAGUUAAGCUGUUAGCUAUUUGUCUAUUUCUGGAAUGUAUUAUUUUCAGCUGAUGUUUUUCAACUUACCAAGUCAUUUAUCAAUAUGUAUAAAUAAAGUAAGUUUAAAUAUA